AUGCACAGUCAAUCGUUUUAUAACUCUGUGCGGGUCAAUUCCACGCGGAGACGCCUGUUAAUAAACUGCUUGAACGCCCAUUUCUAUAGUAGUACUGCCGCAAAGAAGCCAUUCGACAUCCUGUUCUUCGGUCGCGACGAAUUCUCUUGUAACGUCUUCAAGCAAUUGCAUGACGCCCGAGAUGUUUGGAAGUCCAUCUCAAUCGCUACUAACCCAGACGUGAAAACUGGUCGACGGGGUUCUCAUUUGUCAAUUUCUCCACUUAAACAACUUGGGGAAUCUCUCGAGGUUCCAGUUCACACUAUACCACGACGAAAGGUUGACUUCAGGGAUUGGAUGCCUCCUCCACCAUUUACGAAUACCAACGAAGCCCACUUCUCUGACCCUGCCAGUGAAACUCGUCUUCUUGUCACUGCUUCCUUCGGACGUAUUCUCCGCCCUUCGCUCUUGCAUGUCUUUCUACCAGGUCAGCGACUUAAUGUUCAUCCAAGCUUACUGCCUGCAUAUCGAGGUCCGGCGCCCAUCCAAAGAGCUUUGAUGCGAGGAGAAAAUGUGACAGGUGUGUGCGUUAUUGAUAUGAUGGAGAAGAAGGAAGGGAUUGAUGCGGGAAGCGUGUGGGCCUGCAAGAGCAUGGUUGUUCCAGAAAACGCGACAUUUCCUUUGAUGUCGGUAGAGCUGGCCCGAAUAGGAGGAGAUUUACUCGUCACAGUACUUCGGGAUAUGUUACUAGGAAAGGCUAGCAGCAUUCCGCAACCUCCAGUCUCAUCUAUCACACCACAUGCUUCUGCAAUAUCCGCUUCGGAUGCACGAGUUGCUUUUACGUCCCAAACUGCGUUGGACAUAGUCCGACUUUCUCGCGCCAUUUCACAUCAACGUCCUAUCACGACUACGAUGCCCGAUGGACGCACUCUUCAGCUGCACCAUCUCAGUGUCUCCAAGAGCCAUGAUGACUUGAGUCCUGUCGAGCCUGGUUGGGCAAUGUAUUCGCCGCACACACGCACAAUACUUAUAAAUUGUGCUGACGGGAAGUGGCUGAGUGUUUUAAAGUUAAAAUCACAAGAUCGUGCCCUUCUGACUGCGAAGGAAUGGUGGAAUGGGGUUAAGGGGCUAGGUGUGCUGCACGAGGGUAUGCUGAAACUUCUCUAG